UGUGAACAUGCAACCCGUCAAGAUACGGCCUCAGAAAAACCUUAUUUAAAACUUCAGUCAUCAUCAAUAUCUCCGUCCUACCUCCAGACCAAAAUGUCUCACUCUCAGGUACAUCCGAGUGGGCCAGCCUCCCUCCCUUGCACUAGUUCACACCUCCCCCUACCAAGUCACACCACUCAGGCAAACAAUGUAUCACCCCAUCCUACCAUCCGACCAAGUCACACCACUCAGGCAAGCAAUGUAUCACCCCAUCCGACCAGCAUUCUAAAAGCCCACAACAUUCCACUGGUCAAAAAGUUUUCAUCUGCAGGGUUAAGCCCAUCCCAACAACGUAUGGCAGUACGAGCAGCCAGCUCCACGGCCGUGC